GAAUGCAUAUGCAGGAACUUGAUUCUUCAAGAGCCUGAUCCAACUGCAAAGAUGACAGCUGAGUCACUGCCUUUCUCCUUCGGGACACUGUCCAGCUGGGAGCUGGAAGCCUGGUAUGAGGACCUGCAGGAGGUGCUGUCCUCAGAUGAAAAUGGGGGUCCCUAUAUCGCCACCCCUGGAAAUGAGGAGGAAGAAUCAAAAACAUUCACCACUCUCGACCCCGCCUCUCUGGCUUGGCUGGCUGAGGAGUCAGGAGGAGCAGAGGUCACGAGCACCUCCCAGAGCCCUCGCUCUCCAGAUUCCAGUCAGAGCUCCCUGGCUCAGGAGGAAGAGGAGGAAGAGCAAGGAAGACCCAAGAAGCGGAAACAGUGUGGCCAGUCCCCGGCCCGAGCUGGGAAGCAGCGCAUGAAGGAGAAGGAGCAGGAGAAUGAAAGGAAGGUGGCACAGCUCGCUGAGGAGAACGAGCGGCUCAAGCAGGAAAUCGAGCGCCUGACCAGGGAAGUGGAGGCAACGCGCAGGGCUCUGAUUGACCGCAUGGUCAAUCUGCACCAGACGUGAACAUUCAGGACCACCGCCCCUCUCGGUGCCUACCUGCCUUUCUCGGAAGUGGCUACUUCCUCACCAGUGCCAACGACGCGACCCUCAGCCGCGUAUGUUCAGUAGGGGAAGCUCGGGGAGACGAAAGGAAAGGGUCUUGGCAUGUGUACAGAGGUUGUACGUUCAUUUAUUACUGUCCGUAUCCAGUAAAGUGACUUUCUAUGAGUCAAGGUCUCACUUUUUCUUCUUGCCUUUAGGGGUUUCCAGGGGUUUUCCCUCCGCUAGAGCCAACUGUUUUUUCAGAUCCAAGAGUUUAGCCACCUCCGCAGCAACCUGGUUCUUGUCUGCCUUUUGUGCUUUCAGCUCACGGACAAUGUUGCCCUAAGAGGGAAGGGGCAGGGAAUGGGAACAGUCAGGCUAGAAAGGACCUAUUCAGGUUCGGCUUUUCUAGCACCCCAAGGCUAAAGGUUUGUACCUGUUUUGUCACUUCAUCCAUCAGCAUUUGUACCUGCUGUGGCCCAGCUGGUGUCUCGGCCUCUACAACCGGCGCGGGGGCUGCUUUUGCCUGGGGAACAACAACGGUUACCACCUGCCAGCACAAAGCCCUCCUACCUCAAGGCUCACAGAAAGCCUCGGGAAAGUGGUUACCUUUAACUUCAAGGGCUCUUCUAGCUAAGACAGGAAAGAAAAACUGUAGUGAGGAAGCAGCAGGACCAAAAGAUGGCAAGAGUGCUGAGGAGGCCUACUUGGGGACACUAGGGAGACGGCGCUGCGGCGGCUGCUGGGGAGCGCGGUCUCGCUUUCUCACCUGGCCCCCGCCGAAGCGCUGCCGCAAGCUUUCAAUCUCGUCAUUUUCCAAUUUUUGAAACAAGGGACUGAUCUGUGAAAAAAAGAGUUCUAGAAUCAUUCACUGAUUAGGCAUAAACUCUACCAGACGAUGCAAAGGACUUCCUCACCCCCAAUGCCUGACAUGUUAGCUGUUUCAGAGGAAAUGUGAGUGUAACACCGAGCAAGGACCUGAUGAUUUUAGUGAAUAAUCAGAAGCAGCACUGGCAUUCACUAUAAAAGCCCAAAAGUGUUAACGAUCAAAGACUGUUUCAACUAUUUAACGAUGCCAGGCUGAGGUGUGUACUUUGUCACCUUGUGUGUCACAGAAACAGCUAUUCUGUUCUCCCUGCUCACCUCCCUCCCACCCGCACGAUGGUGGCCUGGUAACCCCGGUGUUCCUUCAGACAGCGACUGCACAGCAGUUCGCUGUAUGUGCCAGGGCAUGAAGAACAGUGGGGUUAUGUACAUGACAGAAAAUACUGGGCUUCUGAACAGUACCAAGGGUUUUGUAUCAGAAACGAACCCACGUGCAGCAUGGGGUGAGUGGAGAAGGGGUUGAGAGAAUGGCUAUAAGAAUCUCAUGCCCAAACUAAGUUCUCUGACCCUGCCUCAAAGGCUGCCUGGAAAGGUAGGCAUUUUAAGAGAGACUGUGCUGUCUCUCAGAGACCUACGGUGCCAAUCUGGUGUCCUGCCGGUAAGGUGCACAGGAAGCUGGGGGGUAGGAUGCCGCAGGCUGCAGGCGGGAGCUGCAGCUGGGCUUGGAUGGUGGCGCUGACCGUGGGCAUGUAAGGCUGCAGCAUGACGGAGAGCAAGGCGGUGAUGUUCACUGCCACGCCUGUCACUGUCCCUGCCCGCUGCCUGCGGAAAAAGAAAUCUCAGGACCUUCAGGACGACAGCCUACUGGCCACGUUGGGCCUGCGGUCAGCCUGACGCCAGGGGAGCUACCUGUCAGCCUCGCUGCCUUUAAUCCGCUUCCAGGGCUCGUUAACCUGGAUGUACUGGUUCCCAUGACGAGAGAUGGUGAGGAUGCUGCGCAGGGCGUCCCGGAUCCUGGGGAGGGAUCAGGCAAGCCAAGGGGUACGGUCAGAGGGGCCCAGGACGGGGCUCGCACCGCCCCAGUGGGUGCAGGUGACUCACCGAACCUUCUCCAGCAGCUGGUGGUAAUGCUGGAGCUCCAGUGUGACGUGGGCUAGCAGGCGCUGAUCAUCAGAGGUAAGCACCAUCUCAGGCACAUAGCCCCCAAAAAACUUGGACACAAACAUCCCAGCUCUUGAUGGGCACAGGGGAGGAAAGCAGAGGAAAAAAGAGUUAUUGCCCAGGCGGCUUAUAGAGAUUUGAGCUGAUUUUCAUAAUUCUCCAUUUUCUCGGAACGGACACCUCCUGGCUCCCUCACACUGGAAGGCAAAUUAAUCCCUGUUCUCUCUCCCAUAAAAAUGUGACUCUGCAUGUAACAAGACAUUCACAUACAGAUACCCCUUAAAGAAACCUG